ACAAUGGCGGACGCGUCAAGUCCGUACAGCUCUCCUUGUCGUCGCCGAUCUAUUCGGAAAGCUUCACAAAAUUCUUAUGUUGUGAGGCGAAAUGCACAGAGAGAAAAGAAGGAUAAGUUAAAAAAGGUAUCGGAAAUUUUGAAGAAGCCAGAACAUGAGCGAACUGCUGCUGAUGCUGAAAUAGUGAAAGGGAACCCGGACAUUGUCAAAAAGUCACAAAGCAAUGCCAAACGACUGCAAGCGAACAAAGACAGGUUGCUUGAGACAGAAGAUGAGCCCGAGGUCCUGACCAGCAAGUGCGAACAACUGGCUGAGCUUAUAAAGUCUUCAGGGAGAAUUGUGGUCUACACUGGUGCAGGCAUCAGCACUGCUGCAUCAAUACCCGAUUACAGAGGUCCAAAUGGGGUGUGGACUUUGUUAAAAAAGGGACAUGAACUAAGUCCUCAGGAUCUGUCUGAUGCAGAGCCUACGUCUACUCACAUGUCUAUCACCAAGUUGUUCAGAAUGGGCAAGGUGAAGCAUGUUGUUUCUCAGAACUGUGAUGGUCUUCAUAUACGAAGUGGUUAUCCUAGAUAUGCCCUCUCUGAGGUCCAUGGCAAUAUGUAUGUUGAGAUCUGUUACAACUGUGCCCCCCACAAAGAGUACAUCCGGCUGUUUGACGUCACUGAGAGGACUGGGGUUCGCCGACAUUCUACUGGCCGCAAGUGCCGGACGUGCAACUUUGCUCUUGUCGAUACCAUUGUGCAUUUUGGUGAGAAGGGCAAGAUUAGGUCUCCGUACCGGUGGAAAGAGGCUGUGCGUGCUGCCAAGAAUGCCGAUCUUAUUCUGUGUCUUGGCUCCAGUCUCAAGGUGCUUCGCCGCUAUGCCUGUUUAUGGUGCAUGGACAUGAAACCACAGAACAGGCCGCGGUUAGUCAUUGUCAAUCUCCAGUGGACGCCCAAGGAUGAUGUUGCAACUCUCAAGAUCAAUGGUCGUUGUGAUGAGGUCAUGAUGAAAGUGAUGGAUUUACUCGAGUACCCAGUGCUGGAGUAUCAGAGAGAUCAGGAUCCCAUCUACAAGCUGUAUACCCCACUCAGGGCCAUUGAGCUCAAAACUACCAGCAAGAAAAUCCUCACUCCUCCGCCUCACUUGAACAAGUCCCGAGUGCGUACGCUGAAACCCGUUGUGAAACCUGCACAGAUACCUCCAGAACCAUCCUCACCCCCUCCACAAAAGGGUAAAAAGAAUCAGGGUUUGGAGGGUUGUCCUGGGGACGAGCUCUCAGACACUGGUGAUGAUGUCUCUGAGAAGGAGGAGACGGUCUCGCAAACUACGCCUGAUACGCACAUGGACACUGAAGACAAAGACGUCAAAGUUGAAUCUCCCUGUGAACACCUCGGUGUUGAAAGUUCAAGCGGCGGGAUCCAGUCUGAGAAAAACUUUGGUGGAAGUCGAAAGGCUGAAAGUGUCUGUGAAGAUCUCAAAUGUGAACCAGGUGACGACAUGAUGAAAACUGAAGUUACGGAUGAUGAUAUCCUCUUGAAGAAUAGUCUGGACGGAAAGGACCAUGUGCUGCCGGGUGAAUGCAAAGUGAAAACAGGGAAUUCUGAUCCAUUCAUGUCUGUUGAUUCAGCUGAUCGUCAGCUCUGCUCAGGGCGCUCGACUGCAGCAUCCAUUUCUUUUGACACCAUGGCUGUGGACAGUGUCCCUGAUUUUGGGAAAGGGCAGAGCGAGGUCAAGACUGAGAGUACUGUGUUGAAUUGUUGCCAAGGCACAGCCAAUGAAUGUCAAGGGCAGAAGGUGAAGAAUGAGAUCAUCAAUAGCUGUCACACAGAGCUUGAAGGAAAUAAGAGAGCUUCCUUGGUUGGAGACCUUCCAUCCGACAACUUGUCAGGAAGUGUAGAUGUGGACAAGUCAGGAACUACUCUAUUUGUGGAUGGUAUUUCAGGACAGGCAGGGAACGUAAACGAAACGGGUGGUUCUGAAAGCUGCCAUGUUGGGGAGGAGUGGACGUCACUCAAGCAGCUGGCCGAGAGUGUCAUGGUGGAGAGUUGGGAGUCGGACUCUCCUGCAAACUCGACGCAAGAGGGCUCGCCAACCCCCACAACUGUUAUCAUUAAUCUUGAUGAACUUAUUGAACGGCAGGGUUUAGACAAAGGCGCGGUUGGUAGCGGGGCGGCUGUGCUGAGCGUGCCGAUGGAGACCACAGUGGACCUGACCUUACCCCCCGGACUGGACGUUGUGCUGUGCAAUACGCUCGCCUUGCCAGACAAGAGUGGGAAUUGUCUUCCAAAAGCAGAGAGGUCCAAGGGCUGUAGUUCUCCUUACCGUCAGCACCUCCAUGAUGCUAGUGUUAUCUCACCCACCGGCCCCCUUGUCAGUGGUCAUUUGAACCAGACAACAGUUCCUGCCGGCGACAAUCUGUCAGUGUGGGACAAAAAGUUAGGUUGGAGUCAACAAAGUGAGACUGUAGCUUAUCGCGACUUGCCUGUCGCCAAUGUGAAUGGUGUUUGUAAAGUGAACUUGUCAGAUUCUAAGAUAGAUUUAUCAGAUUCGACCGAAAAUGUAUCAGGUUCGACAACCUGCAUUAAUCUCAACCAUUUAUCCUUCAGUGAUGCCUCGUUGGACAUUCCCGAAGUGCCAGUCGGUGGAAGUGGUUUGUCUCCCCCCUUUGCUUCAUCCCCUGUGCCCCUCCCGCAAACAUUAAGUUCGAAACAUUCACGCCCGGUGGUGCCAACGAACAAUAAUCUUAUAAAGGAAGAUGCUAGGAAGAAACACACCACUAGUCAAAUGUCAGGUCUGCCUGCCUUUGGUUUGACUUUUGGGAAAGUAAAAAAUGUGAGUCUAGAUCAUUCGUACACACAGAGUCUGAUGAGAUCUAAGGGUGUCGGUGGCUCUUAUGUGAAAUGUGAUAAUCUCUCCGGUGCAGUCAGAAAUAAAUCUAUGAGAGACGGCGGCAGGGAUCUGAUGUCAUGUCCUCUCGCGAAGAACGAAAGAAAAAGACCCAUAGUAAGCAGCACCAUAGCCGCGUCACAUGUGCCUGCAACAGUCUCUCCCUUUGACAGAUCUCAUUCCAUUGUCUCCCACCCGCCCAACUCGGCCGAUUUCAGCCCUCUGCAGCGUCUCCAGUCUGUGAUAUUCCCUGAUGCAGCCACUCCUUCUGUAGCACGAGACACUUAUGGUUUACAUCAUCUUGUUACUAGUCAAGCGUCUCUGUCGAAACUCCCCUCAACGGUCACUGUGUCCGUCCCUGCGUGUGUGCUCAAUAUGGAUGAGAUGGAGGUGGUAUACUCUCCACCACGUGGGACCUCCGUGCUGCAACAUUCUCAAACGGACGUGCCUGUUGGAGAUUGUGUAGGGGUACACAGGUCUUUGAACUCAGGCUCACUCGACCAUAAUAUUCAGUCUCGCCAUCCCACAACGGACGUACAUCCUUCUAAGUGUGUGGGGUCUAUCGCCCCAGAACCUCUUAGUCCAAGGUCUGAGAAUACCUUAGGGGAUUGGAAAAAACUGCCUGAAACUUGCGGUAAGUUGGCAGCUGUUGAAGGAAAACCCUGUGCACCGUCUAGUCUAGCCAACCACAAGCCGUGCCUUCCGAACAACCAUUCCGUAGACAGUCAAGAGAUUCUCUCGAUUUCUACAAAGUGUGUGGAAGUGUUACCGAGUUCAGACUACAUCGGAGAGCCUGGAGGUGACAUUGCUCCAGCGCUUUUGUGUAAAGAGGUGGAGAUGGAGGACAGUGAGAAAAAAGUUGUUGACAAGGAGAAGCUGCAAAAAUGUCAUCCAGGGGUGAAAAGACAAGGUCAUAAAAAGCUCAAGACAGCCCCAGGGAAGUUACGGGAAAAUCACCUGCAGACUGCGAAGUCCAAAAAAGCUCACAAAACCUCGGGUGCAGGUUCUGAAGCGGACAAAAGGAAGAAAGUGGUGUCCCAUUCUGUGCCAGGCUGGUUUGGCAAAGGGCUGGCCAUCAAACGAAAACGGAAAUGUUAGAGAUGGUGGACAGUAUUAUAAGAUAUCGCUGACCUCAGAAACUCAUUUGCUCAGUUGUAAUCUGUCUAUUCUUUUGUUGUGUAUAUUGUGAUUGUAAAAAUUGUCAAUUUCUACUUCAGAGACUCUUAAAUGCUUACAGUUUUCCUGUAAUAUUGAAUGACUAUGCCGUAAGCUGACAAAGCGCCUUUUUUUCUUCAAAGCAGUUUCGAGAAAAAGUUUUCUUGUCAGUGUAAUCAUUUGAAGAUAGAGCCAUUCCAAAAUUUGAAUUCUAAUUUAUUCAAAAACUAGUCACAGUUUAAAUUCAAUUUUUUUUCCAGAUUAGUAGGGUUACUGAUCAGGCUUUUUAUUUAGCAAAUAAAAAAUUUGGUGCCAAAAUGAAAAAAGGAGUUUUGUCAGCUUAUGGCAGUAUGUUCAUGAUUAUAUUUUGACAUUAUGUUCAGGAGCUGGGGUGCUGAGCGCUGUCUAGUACUUUCUCCUUUGUUACAGUUGCCAAGUCUGUUUGAAAAUCUUCCGUUUGAAUUUAAAAUCAUUAUGUUUUUCAUGCCAGUGUUCGGUAGAAUUUCAGUUUCAUAUUUUGCUAAGUCUGGUUUUCGCAAGUGGGGUUCUGUGCUUUCAAAAUGACUUAGUGUGGAGGUGGCAGGUGCUCUAUUGUGGUUUACUCCUUCUUCCUGUCAAACACCAUCCUUUUGUCUGCUCCUUCUUCUUAAACUAUCUAGUAACACCUCUAGUCUUUGGCACUUUUAUGACCUAAUUGUGUUGCAAGUGAUGUGUAAAGCUAAACUCAAGUGACUUGUACCAAAACUGUAAGAAAUGUAGCUGGCACAUGAUAGUGCUAAGCUUGUGAGCUUCCAACAUCUCCACAAUGUUGUUUAAUAAUCUGUGUCAUGGUGACUCAUUAGAGCAACUGAGCAAAAAUUGUAGAAAAUGGAAAUGUUGAUGAGUUUAUGUGUAGUCCAUUAAUUGUGUGUGUAUGGAGGGGGAGGGGGGUCUUGCUGAACAGAGCCUUCAUAACUGAUAGUUAUAGAGUUCUGAGAUAUGUGUGGGCGACCAGGAGAACCAGGAAUGUUUGACCCCCAGACAAGUUUUCUGUUUUUUUUGUAUUUCUGAAUUCUGAAAUCAGUGCUGAUUUUGCUUUUUAAUAUUUAUUUGAAGACUUAUCUUAAUUAGAUAAAAAAGUUAUGCCCGUUUUCGUGUGUUUGGGUGUCAAAAAGUUUCGUUAGAGAAAAAAGAUAUUGUCGACAAAAGAAGUAGAUUUUGGAGCGUCACAUUUGAUAAAAGCAUUGUUAGGCACAAAAAUUCAUGCUUCAGGUGGAGCUUGUUCCUGUGAUAAGAGAGAGCAGACGUUCAUAGAGCACUUCUCUGUUCCCUGACUACAUUCUUAUUUUCUCUCCUCUUACCAAAUUAUGAUACCUGACUUGCUCCUUAAGUCUCAGAAAAGCUUGUUGUCCUGAAAGAAUGGUGUCUAACUGCUCUUCGUCUGCUUUAAAGGCUUCAAAAACAGAAAAAGCCUUUGUUGGAUCAUGGUAAGAUUGCCAAGGGAUAAUAAGCAUCUUUCAUUUUCUUUACAUAAUUAGGGAAGUUUGAAUACAUCUUGUUACUGUUCAUAAGCAGCCAAUAUGGCUUUGUCAAAAAGACAUGCAAAAAUGACAGAACUGCUAUGUAAUUAAUGAUUCUCUGAUCUGUCAAAUCUUCUUGAACGGACACAAGGUUCUGAUUGACAAAGUGUUUAAAAAAUUCAUCUAUAUCAUGUCUGUGACCUAUGAGAGCUGUGCUGUUCUGAAAAAUAUUGUUGAAGCGGUUUGAGUGAAAGCUUGUAAAGAUGAUUUUAUGCUAUUAGCAGAACAAAAUGCUGGCCAAUCUUUGCUGCAGCCACUUUUUCACAACGAGACACCAAAAAUUCUGCAACAGCAUGAACUAACAGCAAUGCUGCAACCACUUGUUGCACUUUAUAUCUGAAAAACUGGGCUUUGGAAUCCCUUUCAAAACUGCCUGUUUCAUAACUCUUCUCUUCUAAAGUUUUGAGUGCACCUUAUACAGUAAGGGAUGGUGCGAGCAAAAAGUGUGCAUUGCAAAAUAAAAAGUACACUGAAAUUUCUUCACCUAAAAGGCAGAUUGUGUAAAAGGUUUUCAUCACAGUACUCUAUUCUAGAGCAAACAUUUCAUCUUUCUAAACUGUGUGUCAAGUUCAAUGCACAGUUGAUGUGUGGCACAAGCAUCAGCUGCAGCACCGUCAGUCACUGUGGAUGUUAUUUUUUACUUACUUAACACCUACGGGACCGGCCCUACACUUGGCUUUCUCUUCCCCAGGACCGGAGCCGCAGCCCACUAGCUGACUACUUGUCAUAUGUGUUACUAAAAUAUGAAUAUCUCAGCUCCUAUUAUAGCUAUAGGCUUGACACUCCAUCAAAGUGUCCUAAACAUGUUCCUCUAUAUAAUCACACUUUGUUUUUGAAAAAAAAAAUUUUUUUGUUCAUUUACGUGUAAUCAAUUAUGUAAUAGUUAGCACAACAUACAAAAUACAGGAACAAAAUCAGAAAAGACAUCAAUAUAAUGACUUCAAACUUCGAUUUUCACUCACCAAUUGAAGCAGCAGAUAAUUUUAUACUCCCAAGAAGGAAAGCAGGUAAGUCCAGGUAAAUCCAGAAAAAUACCACUGUAUUCCAAGUCCGCGUAAGAAAAUAAUAUACUCCCAAGACGAGAUGAAAAGCACUGAAGAUUGCCACUCUUAUUUCCAAGCACCAAUGAAUAAUGCACACCAACAUAAUACAACAAAGAAUUACAAAUUACAACACUGGAGAAAAAGGAAUUACAACACUGAAGAAAAAAAA